AUGGACAACAGAAACACCCAGGUAUACUCGGAGGAUAGGAUCAAGUCUUCAGGGGCCCAGCCAAGUCCUGGCCUGAGGACUGCCAGAAAGAGUGUUGGUGUUGAGCCUGCCAUAUCAGAAGUCAACCAGGUCAUGUUUCCAGAUGCUACAGGGAUAAGCAGUGGGAAGGAGCCCUCAUCAGCCCCAGAAGGGCCAGAGAAGAGGCCUGGACACGGAGAAGCAUCUGAGGAGGGGCCUCCGGAUCUCAGGACCCAGGAGCAGAGUCAUCUGGAAGAUGCAGGGAAGAAGCUGUCAUCUUGCGCCCCCCAGGAAGGGCCCGAGGAGCUGCAAGUAGGCCAGGAUCAGACCAAGCCAGGGAGUGAGCUGGGGGUGCUGCCUUCCAGGGUCCCUGCAGCCCCCGAAGGGCUGCAGCAGGAGGGGGCAGGGAAGGAGACCAAGGACCUGCAGGGGACACAGCAGAACCCAGAGACGGUGGAGGACCAGGCCCCCGAGAGGUCCCAGCAGCACCCGGAGUGUCAGCCCACCCCAGGUCCCCAGGCAGCAGAUGAGUCAGAUAUAAUGCUGACCACAGAGCCUUCUUGCACCUUGGACAGCGGUGGACAGCGCCUGGAAGACAAGCCCCCCAAGGAGGCAGGCAGCCCACACAUUAGGCCACAGGGGGCCCUGCCAGAGCCUGGCCCAGGGGGAGACAAAGGCAGCUCCCAGGAAGCACUGCCCCUAAUACCCACAACAGCUCCGGAGGAAAAGACUGACAGCUCCUUCCCGCCGCCCACGCCAGGACCUAACACACCCAAAGAAGGGGUCAAGGCUGUGGAGACCAAGCCAGCACCAGGGCCUGUUCCUCUACCAAAGGUGAGGGACUUUGGAGAGAGAAGGGAGCUGGACUGUGCCCCGAAGCAACCUCAGGAGCCCACAGCGACCACCGGUGCCCAGAGCCUUGGGCGCACCUGCCAGGGCUUCAUGAGGUGCUUGCUGGAGGUAGAAGAGGAGGAGGCCACCCAUCGGAGGGCCACCAAGGUCCGGGCCCUGCAAAGCCGCAAGUCCCCCAGGACCCUGACCCCUAUGACCAUCGCAGGCCCGCUGGGCAACGCAGCCUCAGGCCUGCAUCUGACACUGCCUCAGGCCCCUGCCUCGGCCUCCGCCAUGGCCCCAUCCUGGGCCCGGACGCCGGCCCCUGGGCCAAUCCCUGGCCCUGCGGGAGCCCCGGUCCUGGCCUCUGUACCUGUCGCGGUCCUGCCCGCGCCCACCCCGGACCUGGGCUGGAGAAGGAUGAUACUCUUGCACCAGGGCGGCGAGAGGAGCCUGAGCCAUGCCAAGGCCCGGCAGGAGCUGGAAGAACGCUGCCUCCUAAACUUGUACCAGAACUGGGAGGAGCGGGCGGAGGAGCACCUCACCCUGAAGCAGGAGGAAGCCUUCCACAGCUACUUUGAGGUCUUCAAUGGCCAUGGCGAGGUGGACGCGCGCAGCCUGGAGAACGUCCUGCUCCUCGUGGGCAUGUCCCUGACGCCGGCCCAGGUGAAGGACGCCCUGCUGAGUGCCGACAUCGACGGAGAUGGUCACGUGGGCUUCAAAGAUUUCUUGGCCGUAAUGACAGACACCAAGCGCUUCUUCUGCUCCGUGGAACAGAAUGCCCUGACGGACAUGGUUUCCCGGGAUCCCCACACUCUGUUCUUUGAGAUCCUGUCCCUGCUGGUGGAGAUGCUGGCCUUACCCGAGACAGCCUUAGAGGAGAUCACCAACUAUUACCAGAAGAAGCUGAAGGAAGGUACCUGUAAGGCCCACGAGAUGGAAUCGGCCAUAGGCCGGCUGCAGUCCCGGAAGAAGCUUCCCUACAACCUGCAGCAGGCAGACACCUUGGAAGUCCCAGAACGAAGGGUCCUUAGGAUCCUGAGCCGGCUGAAGCAGCAGAACUAUGCUGCCAACCUGCAGAGCCCCUAUGCCCAGGUCCCCUGCAUCCCACUCUGCCCAAGACUGGACAAGAAGACGAUCAGCCGGAAGCAGGGCAGCCAGUAUGUGCUGGACCAGUGCACCCCCACCAGCCCGAGCCCUGACUUCCACAGCCUGUUCUUCCAGUCAGGAUCUCAAGGAAGCAGGGAACAUGGGUCUGACAGCCGAAAGUGGCUCAACUCUGUGCCGGCUCGGACCCACUGA